AUGGCGCGUGUGUAUGCUGCGCUAGGCACGAACUUAGGUAACAAAGUACUGAAUUUAGAAAAUGCACUGGCCAUGAUAUCACAAAUGGUAGGGCCGAUCGAAGCCACGUCCCGUCUAUACACCACGGCGGCGCAGUACGUGGAAGACCAGCCAGCUUUUCUGAACCUUGUGGCUCAAAUAAAGACAGAAUUGAAGCCUACGAAGUUGCUGGGGGCUUUUAAGAAAAUCGAGAGGGAAGUGGGACGCGUACCUUCACUAAGAUGGGGACCGAGACUAAUUGACGUGGACAUUUUGCUUUAUGAUAAUCAGACCUUUAAGAUUGAUACGGAAGAAGGAUCUCUCAUUGUACCACAUGAACGCAUCACCGAAAGAGAUUUCGUGCUUGCUCCGCUUUGUGAUUUGGCUCCGGAUUUGCUCCAUCCAGUCUUGAAGCACUCGAUGCAGCAUCUGUAUGACAUGUUGAAAAAAGGCGAGCGAUGUUAUGCUGACCCCGUGCUAAUGCUGCCAGUUUACAAAAAUGCACCUUGGUCAUUGGGAAACAAGACAUUUGUCAUGGGAAUUGUAAACAUUACACCAGACAGCUUUAGUGAUGGCGCUGAACUGGAGUCGACAGCAGCUGCAGUAGAAAAAGCGUUGGAGAUGGAACGCGCUGGUGUGGAUAUUAUUGACAUUGGAGGUGAAUCAAGCCGCCCUGGAGCAGAGCCUGUGACAGAACAAGAAGAGUUGAGGCGUGUGUUGCCAGUGAUUCGUGGCAUCCGUGAAAAGAGCAAGAUUGCUAUUUCUAUUGAUACCACAAAAGCGAAUGUUGCACGUCAAGCGGUUGAUGCAGGCGCAAAUAUAGUUAACGACAUCUCAGCAGGUCUGAACGAUGGUGCCAUGCUAGGUACUGUGGCUAUGCUGCGUGUCCCAAUUGUGCUCAUGCACAUGCGAGGCACACCAAAAACUAUGACUGGCCUCAAGGAGUACGAAGAUGUAGUUGCUGAAGUUGCUGAAGUGAUGAGUAGACGUGUGGCGGCUGCGGAGGCUGCUGGAAUAUAUCGGUGGAACAUUAUUGUGGACCCAGGAAUUGGCUUUGCCAAAGCUCGAUUUUUGAAUCUGAAGCUACUACGAAAACUCUCAGUCUUUAAGAAGCUGUGCCAAGGAUUGCCGCUUCUUGUGGGACCAUCUCGCAAGGGUUUUAUUGGCGAGAUCUGUGGGCGUCCCGAACCAAAAGACCGCGCCUGGGGCACUGCUGCUACGUGUUGUGCUGCAAUUGAGCAAGGAGCUGACAUUCUGCGAGUUCAUGACGGCGCUGAAAUGGUAGAUGUGGCCAAAAUGUCGGAUGCAAUUUGGCGUGGAGAGUAA